AUGAGUGUAGUAGAGUUAUCUCCUGACACUUGCAUGGCUUGUGAAGUGCUUGGUUGCAGUUCAUUAGCUCCUUUUGAGUACCUGGGGGAAAAAAAUGUAGACAGUUUGAGACUUGCAAAGUCUAAGCAUUAUGCAUGUCUAUAUAUAUGUGCACACAGGAAACCUCGACCUGUCUCUCAGCUGGUUGCACAACAGGUUCCUCAACAAUUUGUGCCCCCUACACAAUCAAAGAAAGAGAAAAAAGACAAAGUAGAAAAGGAAAAAAGUGAAAAGGAAACAACAAGCAAAAAGAACAGUCAUAAGAAAACCAGGCCAAGGUUGAAAAAUGUGGAUCGAAGUAGUGCUCAGCAUUUGGAAGUUACCGUUGGAGAUCUGACAGUCAUUAUUACAGACUUUAAGGAGAAAACUAAGUCACCACCUGCUUCCAGUGCUGCUUCUGCAGAUCAACACAGUCAGAGUGGUUCUAGCUCUGACAACACAGAGAGGGGAAUGUCCAGGUCAUCUUCACCCAGAGGAGAAGCAUCAUCACUGAAUGGGGAAUCUCAUUAAAGUUUAUUUCUUCCAGUUUCUUUAGUCUUUUCAAAACAUGCAAAUACAUAAGUUCUGUCACCUGUUACCACAUUUUCAUGACAGAUUAGUCAUACAUAAUUGAUAUUUCAACUGGAACAUAAUGCAGUUAAAAAAAAAAGAAAACGGUGCAGUUUUAGAAACAAUAACAGCAUGAAGUUGAGUCAGGAGAGGUUUAGGUUUCUCACCCAGGGGGUGGUUGGGCACUGGAACAGGCUCCCCCAGGAAGUAGUCACAGUACCAGCCUGACAGCGUUCAAGAAGUAUUUGGACAAUGCUGUCAGGCACUGUAGUGUGACUCUUGGGGCUGUCUUGUGCAGGGCCAGAAUUUGGACUCAAUGAUCCUUUUGGGUCCCUUCCAACUCAGCUUAUUCUGUGAUUCUAUAGUAAUUUAAAUGCUAUCUACAAAUGCUUAUGAAGCAUCUUCAGACCAACUUUUUAAUCUACAUGUGUAAGGGUGCCAUGAAAAUGUGGUUUGAAUGUUCAUUAUGCAGUGUUAUUGGUAUGUCCAUUUUCACUUUUAGUUUAGUGAAUUCUAACACAACUCUUGGAGUCUCUACUAUUGGCAUGUACUGAAUUUAAAUUUUUAUAACAUAGUUCAAGCUGCCUAAAUAUGUAUUAUUUGAGAAUUGUGAAACAUAGUUAUAUGUAUGCAAGUCAAAGAUCAACUUAAUUAUUGCUGCAACAGAAUUUUCAUAAUGAUUAUCUUCUUAAAAACACCUGCUGGUACUUGGUGUGGUUAAAUAGGAAAAAUGUUAUUAAAGAAAACAUUUGUAUGGAUUUUUGCCAAUGUUUGACACAUUUUACUAGAUUACUGUUACUGAAUUAUGUUGAUGGUUUUACCAAUAUUUUUUGACACUUAAAACACUUAUUGUAAUGUUUACAAGCAAAAUAGAAAACACAUUUUAAGCAUUGAUUAGUUAACCUUGCAAUUCAGGUAAAGUACUGCAUUGUCGCUGUACACUGGUAUUUUGUGUUGUGUAACAAAUACUGAACCUCAGAUGGUGAUGCAUUUGGCAAAAACUAUUUGGAAAUAUGAAAGUUUGGAAAAGCUUUAAAAAGGACAGAACUGCAGUUCUCAUUUCUGCUUAGUGCUGUUUCCCUGCCCCAGAUUUUUCUAGUGUCACAUAGUCACUUAUCAUUUCAGUACAAGAAUAUCAGAUGUUGCACAAGAAUAAGGAAAUAACUUUCUGUUUGUUUGUUUGUUCUUGAAUCAAUUUCUUUAAUAUUGAAUUGGCCUAUUAGAAUAUAUUAUGACAUAAAUAAUUUGAAAAAGACUCAGUAUCCUACUUUAUGGCAUAAGCUGUCAACAUUUAUGCACUUAGCAAUAUACUGAUAAAGAGCAGAACUAUUUACAAUACCAUCUGGUAUUAUGUGAAAUUACCAAUAAAAUAUUUUUGUGAAUACA